CUUCCAUUCUUUUUCACUCUCGGGCAGAACUGUGCACGGCUAUAGGGUAAUUCACUCCGGCAACACAUGCAGCAAAUCGCAACGACGCAACCUAGCAUCAAGCCGGAACUACGGAUAUCAUUCAUCGUUCGUGUUGGCUCUUCAUGACAAACUUUAACUAGCCAGAUAGUUGCCUGACAAGAGCCAAACUUGCACAAACUUUCCAAGCAGUGUGCACCCUAUAGCAGUAACAUUUGCCUGCAGAUCCAUCAUCCCCGCCCGGACCGGCGCAAUCGAAGGUCGGUGUGAGUUAUAGACUGUACACCGCGGUCUGUACAUACCGUGUACGUAUACGGCCAUAGACAUCCGGCUGCUGUAUCCCGGUGGUUUGCAAACUUGCACCAUACCGCUCAACACACGAGAGGAGUGUCAAGCCUGUGUGCGGCUGCUCCAGCAUCCGUCGGCAGCGGCAGCGCAUAUUCCCCGAUUUCUCUCUUGUGUUUGUUAUUGAGCGCGCGCGCAUCGCACCCUUCCCAUCACCACUGAUCCAGUUUCCGUUCUAACUUCGGCCCAAAAAUACUUGUAGGGGUUCUCCGGUAAAUUGCCUCUGGACCUGGCUAAUCUCGUGUAUCGGAAUAAAUAAACCUUGUCUUCCGCACCAUAUCCAUUACCGCACAGCGACGGCCGUACUGCCACCGCUGUUUCUCUGUAUCAACUCUGCCUACACAGCGCUGGGCCACUACAGGGACCUGACCGGACCCAUCUUAAUGUGACAACAUACCAUAGCCCACCCACGUGAUUUAAACGGUUCGUGCACACUUGCAACUUUUUCCCUGCAGCUCGGCGUCUGGAGAUCCUUUUAUGCACGACGGUUGAGGCGGUUGUCUAAGCGGGAAGUUGUCUGGACAUUUGCAACAAUAUGGGCAACGCGGGAUCCGUUAAGAAAGGCGAUCCAGCUGAAAAUGUUAAGGAGUUUCUGGAGCAAGCUAAGGAGCAAUUCGAGGAAAAAUGGAAGUCUCCGGCCAAGAAUACGGCGGCGCUGGAGGAUUUCGAGCGGAUCAAAACGCUGGGAACCGGAUCGUUUGGACGCGUGAUGCUGGUUAAGCAUAAGCAUAAGAACAACGAGUUUUAUGCAAUGAAAAUUUUGGAUAAACAAAAGGUGGUCAAAUUGAAGCAGGUGGAACACACAUUGAAUGAAAAGAAGAUUUUACAAGCUAUCUCGUUUCCAUUCCUUGUUCAGCUCGAUUACCACUUUAAAGAUAAUUCCAAUUUGUAUAUGGUUUUGGAAUUUGUCCAAGGCGGUGAAAUGUUCUCUCACCUGCGGCGAAUUGGCCGUUUCAGUGAAGCGCACGCACGAUUUUAUGCUGCUCAGAUCGUCCUUGCAUUCGAAUAUCUGCACUCGUUGGACUUAAUCUACCGGGAUUUGAAGCCGGAGAAUCUGCUCAUUGAUGCUACAGGCUAUGUGAAAAUAACUGAUUUUGGCUUCGCCAAACGCGUGAAAGGCCGCACAUGGACGCUGUGCGGGACACCCGAAUAUCUUGCUCCAGAAAUUAUUCUUAGCAAAGGUUAUAAUAAAGCGGUUGAUUGGUGGGCAUUGGGGGUUUUGGUAUACGAAAUGUCCGCCGGCUAUCCUCCGUUUUUCGCGGACCAACCGAUCCAGAUUUAUGAGAAGAUUGUUUCUGGCAAGGUGCGUUAUCCCUCACACUUUAGUUCGGACCUCAAAGAUCUACUGCGCAAUCUACUGCAAGUUGAUCUGACCAAACGUUUUGGUAACCUGAAGAACGGCGUUAACGAUAUUAAAAAUCAUAAAUGGUUCGCCACCACGGACUGGAUAGCAAUUUACCAGAAGAAGAUCGAAGCCCCAUUUAUUCCCAAGAUUACCCGAGGUGCCGGCGACACGAGCAACUUCGACGAGUACGAAGAGGAGCCGCUAAGAAUAUCCGCGACGGAGAAAUGUGCCAAAGAAUUCGCCGAAUUUUAGCAUGACCAUGAUUCGACUAAGCGUAUUUUGAUCAAUCAAGAAAACCACUUUUGUGGACAGCUUUCUUUUCCUUGUACCUACUCUUCGAUGGACCGGGAAAUUGGAUAACUGGUGUGCUCUCUCUUCUCUCUCGGUCGGACGCAGAACCGAUAUUCAUCCGCAAUAUGUUUUAUUCGUUUUGGGUCAAGCACGAACAAGAAGAGACAACUGCCGACGGCUUCCUCUGCUGUAAUCCGUUUUUUUGUUUGUACUCUGGCUUCUUCUGGUUGGCGGAAGAGAGGCGCUGUUUUCGGGGGGUGAUGGGUGUGGGCUGGUUUCAUAAGUUAAUUUACACGAAUUCUUUUGCAUAAAUUGCAUCCCAUUUCGCAUGCUACGCCAUACGUCUCUUUUUGUACAGAUAAAUCUAAAAAAUACCUGACGCCAAGGGAGAGAGAAUAUUUCUUUGUCGACAGAAAAGCAAAAUAAUGUUGUAUUUUGCUGCUCUUGUUCUUAGGGGGUUUUAGUUGUGAUUUUCAAGACAGUUUGUAGCGGCGUUGGUUAGGUGUUGAUUUUGAGAGAUUUUAGUUUUUAGGUUAAUUCGUUUGAACUGGUUUUAAUUUUGUCUGUUGCGAUGUCAGUUUCUUCUGUUAUCUCCGCUGUCAGGCGGUUAUAAAAUGCAAUUUCUUUUUGUUGUGCUGUUUGACCGGAAGUUGGUCCAUUUAUAGCCCGUAAUCUGAAUUGGUAAUAUUUAUCUGGUUUUGUUUUAUCUGGGAUUUUAUAUACAUAUUUUGCUGCGUAGUGUCGCAGAUUAAUGAAUAAAGUUCGAUGCGCGCAA